AACAUUCUCAUUCUGUUUAUUUCCAAAUAAGAGAAUAGUGAUUUAUCUCCUGAUUAAAAAGCCGCAAAUUAUUUCCUCUUUGCGUACGAAUACGAAAAAUGAGUAAUAUAUUAACCGUCGUUCAUCAGUCACAUCAAUUGAUAAAAAGAAUCAGUGCAAAAAUUUACACAAUUUAAGAAGGACGGGAAAUAAUCCGUAGUAGUCUAUGUACAUUUAUUCGCGUGUCUUUUUCAGUAUUUCAGUUGAUUAUUUCCUUGCCGCUAGCAGAAGUGUUGCGGACUUUCUCGAUUUCAGUACACUCGCGUAUGUUUUGAACCGGUCUUAGUUUUGCAAUAAACAUCAGAUGUGAUUGUGAUUACCUAGCUGGUGUAUUGCAAUAAGAAAACGAUGAGACUGUUCAAACGACGAAAUUCCGAUCCGAAUCCACAAAUAGAAAAUUUUUCAACACAUGCUGAAGCAAAUAGUAGUGACAAUGAAGAAUCAUCGAAAUCAUAUCUCUCCGUAUGGGGAAGAACUUGGGAUAAGCUCAAACGUGGUGAUUCUUCCGAACGAAUUCCCUCAAAUAAAGAAAGAAAACGAUAUUGGUCCCCCCUCAAAAGAGACACCAACAAUCCUAGUAAUUCCAAGAACGUAGAAGAAAAAUCUGAACUAAGACUGUCACAAUCUGACUUAAGAAAAAUAUACGAUAUGUAUCGAAAUAUGAACGACAGGGGUGAUAAAAUAAUUAAUAAAAACAGAAGGAAUGCUAGGUGUAUAUCAGAUAAUUUAGAACUAAGCCAACAACAGCUUCUAGAUUACCUCAUCCUUAUGAAACCUAGUACCCAGGAACUCGAUAGGAUUUUCAGCGAAAUAGCUGAAGAUGAACCCAGACACGAACCUAAAAGGUUAGGUAGACUUUCAGAAGAAAAAAGAUCCAGGGCGUCAAAAUUUAAGUCUAUGUUUUCACGAUCAUCAAGUAAAUCUGACGAUGAAGGUGACUUAAGGCACCAUCCUAAAAACUCAUCUACAGACAGCCUAACAAGUUUAAUAAACUUUAUAAUACCUGGUAGACGAUCGACAUCUAAUAGUUCUCCUAAAUUGCCAAAUAAAAUUAUUAAAUCUGAUGAAAGUGGAUAUGGUAGCGAUUCUACAAAGACAGUAACUAGUAUAGACUCUCCAAUAGGGUCUAUUAAAUCUCAAACCAGCGCCAUAUCUACAGAUCAAAGUAAAGAUAAUACUGCAGCUACUACAAGUGACUAUUAUCACGAUGACACAGACACAGCGGAAGAAGACAACGCUGAGGAAUCUCCUGUCUUCAGGAUAUCUUCAAAAAAACGAUCCAGAUCUAGAGGUGAAGAUACUGACUCCUUCAACAGAAGAAAAUCGUUCAAAUUUAAAAGAUCUCCCACCAAAACCAAUAAAGAAAAAGAAAAAUUAAAAAUGUCUGUUGAAGAUUUGACUCAGAACUACUGUGAUAAAUUGAAAUUAAAUACGGAGAAUGUGGAAUUGAGGGCUAAAAAGAGACAAUGUACCAGUAUAGGUCAUUUGGAGAAGGAAUAUAAAUGUGUAACGCUAAAGAUUGGACGAAAUGACAUGUUAGGUUUAAAGAUUGGACCGAGUUAUGGUGCAGAUUCAUCUGUGACGUAUUCUAUUACUGAUAUACUACCAAAUUCCGCUGCCAAGAGAAAUGGGAUAUUAAAGAUGGGCGACGAAAUAGUUAAACUGAAUGGAAUUCGAAUUAAAGGAUGCCCCAUAACUAUAGUAAAAAGUUACUUGGAACCUAAAAAUGGAGAGAUAGAAAUACUUGUAACCAGACCGCUUAGACCAAAUUCCAGAAAACCAAGUCCGGUUAAAUCAAGUCCUAAAAGAAAGAUAUCUAAUCUAAUAGAUAAGAAAGAAUCUAAAUCAACACUUCGGCUGCCUUUAUUUAGUACUAAAAAAGAAACUUUAACACAUCUUGAUAUACCUGAAGUUAGUACUCGAAAAUAUAGCGUGUCUUCUGCAAUAAAUAUAACCAGUGCUCCGAAAAGGUACGUCGGUUUAUCAGACAUUUUGAACGAUAAAAUUGACGAGUUAGAAACGAAAGUUACCUUCAGCGAAAAGCCCAGAACAGAUGAUGAGAUUUUCAAAAAGCCAACGCUGGAUUCGAGAAAAUAUCAAUUCGAUUCUCAAAGUGUCACUGGCAUGAGAAAGUUUUCUGUAUCACCAGAUUUGUACGGACGAAAAGGAAGUCAUAAUGAGGAAAUCAAUAAUUGCAAACGAGACAAAUCUAAUCAUAAGAUUGUGGAGUUUCAAAAAGGACCAGGAUGCAAAUCUCUUGGAUUUUCGAUAGUUGGAGGAAAGGAUUCACCUAAGGGACCAAUGGGGGUUUAUAUUAAAACCGUUUUUCAACUUGGCCAGGCAGCUGACUCUGGAAUAAUAAGAGAAGGAGAUGAAAUUAUUUCAGUAAAUGGUACUUCUUUUCGGGGAUUAUCCCACCAUGAAGCCGUAACAUUUUUCAAGAGUAUUAAAUGUGGCAAGGUUUUAAUGGAGGUGGCACCACGUCAUUAUCAGAAGAUUCUUUCAAGUUCCAUAUAAAUCCAAAAUGUUUAUUCUAUAUGGCGUUCAUUUUGGAAAUAUUCUUUAAAUAAUUUUUUAUAUACGAUUACCGAAUUUAUGCGUUAAUUUUGAGUUUAAUUUUGCAACGAAAACUUUAUAUUUCAAAACUAAUUCGAAUAAUAAUUUAUAUAUUUAUAAUUUCAUUAAUUUUUGGUAUAACUGAAAGCAGGAUAAAGCAUUUAGUUACAGAGCUGUUCAAACUAUAAAUUAUGUGCUUCAGUUAAGUUUAAAAGGUAAAAAGAUAUUGAAUAAAGAAUUAUGAAUUAUUUAAAUGUAAUAAGUAUGUUAUAUUCGGAGGAUUAUAAUAGAAUGAAAAUAAGUUUUAGUUUUGUUAUAAUAUGUUGAUUUAAUAAGUACUUGUUAUUUGGUGAUUUAAAGCACUCUAGCUAAAUACUUCUAAUGUAAAAGUAUUUCUUUUGGUAACUUUGGUACGGUAAAAUAUUCGAGACGGGUGGUUUUUUAUUUCGGAUGAAGCGCAUUUCUACAAAUAAUAAUUUACACUAAUUUCAACCCGUUACUCAGGGUACCUAACCCCUUAUAAUUUUCAAAUAGCAAUUGAUAGCUCAUUUGAAAUGAUUUACAACUUUUUUUUUAUUGUGGAAAUGUGCUUUAUCAGAUAUAAUUAUUACGUUCGCACGGUAUAAUAUACAGGGUGGCCGAUUAAUGGGAAGA